CCGGCUGUAUCCAUCCUUUCCAAGCAGACGAAGAGGAAACAGAUGACUCUUCUGCUGCGCUGAGGUAGAAACCUGCUGACUGAAACCUUCCGUGGCUGAUACAGACAAUUAAACUCUCUAAAGGAGCGAGUUUUGAAAGAUGCAGUGAUGAAGUCUACCUCAACAGAGUGAGUCCACAUCCACUAACGCAGCCUGACUUCCAAUGACCUGACUCUGCCUGAGUCCACCUUCUGUUGACCAGCAGGUGGGGCUGGCCCUGCUCAGGGCGGAGGAGGGGGCGUGACCUGGGAUGGACAGCCGGUGCAGCAGCAGCGCCGAUUCACGGCUGACCGGCAGGGGAGUGGGCUCAAUCACCACCACGCCCAUCUCUGCAAGGGUGGAGCCGUAUGAAACCGGGGAGAAGAAGUGCAUCUCGGACGUGAGGAGGACCUUUUGCCUCUUCGUCACCUUUGACCUCUUGUUCAUCACCUUGCUCUGGAUCAUAGAGCUCAAUGAGAAGGGCGGCAUUCCGACGCAACUGGACAAAGAAGUCCUGCACUACGACUACCGAGCCUCCUUCUUCGACAUUUUUCUCCUGGCUGUUUUCAGGUUUGCCACUCUCAUCCUGGCCUACGCUGUCUGUAAGCUUCGUCACUGGUGGGCCAUCGCAAUCACUACUGCAGUCAGCUGUGCGUUCCUGAUUGUUAAAGUCAUUUUAUCAAAGCUGCUGUCUCAGGGGGCCUUUGGGUACCUGCUGCCCAUCAUCUCCUUCGUGUUGGCCUGGAUAGAAACAUGGCUGCUCGACUUCAAGGUCCUGCCUCAGGAGGCCGAAGACGAAAACAGAUAUCAAUCCUUCGUGGACGCCGCAGAGCGAGCUCCUCUCAUGGGUCCGGGUCCUUUAUCCGACGGACAGUUCUACUCCCCACCAGAGUCUGUGGCAGACUCCGACGAGGACCUGGAUGAUAAACAUGACCCAGAAAAAGGGCUCAUACAGCAGGUAACUUAACAGGGUCUCCGCUUCUGAAGGUGAAGAUUUCUCCUGCUCCUGUUUGUGCUACCAAGGGAAAAUUCUGCCUUACACAUUCUGCCUGUUUAGUUUUUAUUCGCAUCAAAGAAGUCUUUGUAUAUCUAUACCCAUGAAUGCACCUCUGUUUCUGAUGUGAGCCUUCUGCAUGUACACCUGGGACUGGAAAAGUGCCGCUUCAAGAACUGUGUCUGAGUCAUGACUUGUUGAUCCAGAAUUUUCUUUUUCAUCACGUUUGCUCUGGAGCGUAGAGGAGAAUUCAUAUUAAUGGAUAUUUAUGCACAAAAUUGCACUUUGUGUCCCAAAUGCAUGAGAAGAAUUCGAUUGAAUAAAAAUCAAGUCAGUAACAUUUUAGAUUAGUUUCAGUACCAGACCUGGAUUCAAAGUGUUUUUACAUGUUUGACCAAAAUACACAAGUUUGUUUCUUUUCUAAGAUAUUAAUGUCUUAUUUUUUUCAACGUCAUGUUUACUUUUAAUUUGUUAAUCAUUUUCACAUGCUUGGAUUUGAAGUCACUGUAAAGGAAAAUAAGCUUGCUCCAUAGACUGCAUAAAGAAAAGGAAUUUUUCGGCCAGUAUUGAUCUUAUGGACCAUGUUUGUAGCAAAUAGAGGCGGAAUAUUUACCAUUUACUGUAACGGUCUUAUAAAGUGGUGAAACAACUCGCACAGAACAUUGGAACAAUAUUACAGUAUAUAGACUUUAAGAAUCCUGUCUGCCUCUACAGAGUGAAGUAUUAUUUUACUUUAAAACAUAAUGAGCCAUAAACGUGCAGCACUUAAACAUGAAGGUCAGAGCAGCUCUGUAUGAACUGUGAACUGCUCUAUAAAGCUGCUAUGAGACACCGUUGGAGUUCGAUAUGAGCUGAAAAGUACAUGUAUAUAUCUUCAUGCAUGCCUUGCAAGCAGAAUGGUUUUGUUUUUAUGAAAAGCUUGUCUGUAUAAUAGAAUCAUUAAAAUGUGAAAUCUUG